CCAGAUCGAUACCGAUACUAGCCUUGAUUCAUAAACAUGUUGGCUAGCUGCGGGACGCUCAGAGGCGGUUGCGGAUAUGCGAGGAAGAAAACAGAUGCAACUCCACCCCCCUCCCCCCAUUCUCUGGGCAGUGGGUACUAGCCGUCCGCUAUUUCCGGCAAUCUGAAAAGAGGCCAAUGCGAUCCUCGUUGAGACCUGGGCCAGGUGCUUGGUGAAUUGAUGGAUCAAUAUCUUUACGAAGUACGGAUAGGCAAUAUUGGUAUACUAUGUGCAGAUAAUGGUCAUUACACAUUGUUAGGGCGGACAGGUGCCAAUUAGCAAGUACAUGCUCAAGAUCAAGAAGUGUUUGCUGGCAGACCAGGUUCUUUCUACAUUUGCAACCUCGCUUCUUUAUCGUUUGUCAUGUGCCUGUUAUGCUAGAGUCUUUCUCCCUUCCAUAACUUUUACUUGCAGCUAUGUAGUGGUUUCAACCGAAUCUAAGCACGCCAUGCAUGUGUAACUUAAAAGCUCUGGUAUCGGCUGAUCGGAGCUCGCUGCGAGACGCCCGGCCAAAUGGAGCGAUCAGCGACUGGCUUCUCGCUCUCGAUUCGGGCCCGUUUGGGUGCCAACCUACUCGGAGAGUCACGAGCAAGAAAUCUCGGUGGCCCGACAUUCCCCCAAGCCAUAUCUUGCCGGCUGUGCACCGUAGCGUUUAGUCAUUUCCAAGCCAACACAGCAUCAUUGCUCACACCGGAACCCACAACCGAUCGCUCCUGGCCGCCUCUACCAUGGACCAACACAAUAGCCAUGACGCCGAGAGCAAGUUCAAGGGGAAGGGAAGAGAAUCAUCCUCUACAGCGCCCACCAGGAUCGAGGGCGAAGGAGACACUCGAAACCAGCAAGGAGAAGGUGAUGCACAACCCGAGCCUUCAUUCUCAAAUCGCCUUGCAACGUCAGUAGUCAACCUCUCCCGAGUUGCCCUGGCAGGCCGCCCUGAUAUUGAUGGGCUCCGAAGCGGGACUUCUUCGAAGGCCGAGGCAAGCACCGGCACCAACUCUGCCCAGGACUCUGGGAGCCGGGGACAGGCUGCUGUCUACCGCGGCGCAAAUGGCGCCGUUGCCGGCCUUGGGACUGCGUUCUCUUCGUCGCGGAACUCAGGCACAGGCGGCGAACGGCAGUUCGACGGUUUCAUGGAUGCCCAAACAGCGCUCGACAAUUCGGUCCAGUUACAGACACCAAGCGAACUCCAGCCAGGCCUCGCUGGACCGGGGAACAUUUCGCACAGCUCUCGCUCAUGGAGCGUCGAGUCCGACGUCAAGGAACAACAGGCCAGGGACGGUCAGCAGGUCAUUGACUUGCUGAACGCUCCAGGCGAGUCGGAUGGUUUGGAUUUCAUGUACGACAGCAUCCAGACCUUCGUUUCACUGGAAGAAGAAGAGUCGUUGAGAGAGGCGCUAUUUGGCAGCAGUGGGGAUAUCACCGUCUCCAACUGGACUCCCCUCCUCGACUUUGAGCCCGACUUCCUCCAGGGGAACAGCGCCACGGAGCUGCAGCAGCAUUUUGGCGUCGCCGAUCCUCGGCAAGCCAGAACCAUGUGGAUGGAUAGCUGGAACGACGUGCUCACAAGCUACACGGACGAGGUUUGGGGCGACCUCGGUUCCCUCGCCCGAGAAGCGCAUCGAGAAAUCCAAGAGGCGCGCGGGCAGGGGACACUGACGACUGUGGAUUCUGGGGGGAUGCAUGCGCUUCAGCGACUCCGACAGAUUCUAGCGCACGUCCGGGGCCAUUAAUU